ACGAUAGAGACGCGCCGCCUCAGCUGCGCGCGCCGGCUGACGAGAGAGCGGCAGGCGAGGAGAGCGGUGGGCGCGGGACCCUGCCUGGCUGGCUGCGCAGCCCGUGCCUGAGACCCGGACCUGAGCGCAGAGGGUACGAGUCCCGCCCCUGCCCGGGCCGGAGCAGGGCCGGCCUCGCCGAGUCGCAGCCGCUCUCCGCGCGCCGCCCGUGUGCCAGGCCCCGGGCGAGGCGGCGGACGGAGCGGACGAUGGGUGACGAGCUCGACGGCGAAGGCCGGGCGUGCGUGGGGGGCCCCGGCCAGGACGGCCCCAGUGUGCCGGGCAGCCCCGCGGCCCCGGGCCCCCAUCAGGGGGAGGAGCAGGCCACGGGGGCCGGGGCCGCGGGACCGGGUGCUCAGCCGGGGCCCUACGGCUACAUCCGGGCUGGCCUGUUCACCUCGGAGAUCUUCAAGCUGGAGCUUCAGAACGUGCCGCGCCACGCCAGCUUUAGCGACGUCCGGCGCUUCCUGGGCCGCUUCGGGCUGCAGCCCCACAAGACGAAGCUGUUCGGGCAGCCUCCCUGCGCCUUCGUGACCUUUCGCAGCGCCGCCGAGCGCGACAAAGCCCUGUGUGUGCUGCACGGCGCCCUGUGGAAGGGCCGGCCGCUCAGCGUGCGCCUGGCCAGGCCCAAGGCUGACCCCUUGGCCCGGAAGAGGCAACGGGAGGACCAAGGGGAGCCACCUGCCACCCCCGCCACGUGCAUUGCUGAUGUGGUGACCCCUCUUUGGACGAUGCCCUACGCGGAGCAGCUUGAACGGAAGCGGUUGGAGUGUGAGCAGGUGCUGCAGAAGCUUGCCAAGGAAAUCGGGAGCACCAACCGCGCCCUGCUCCCUUGGCUGCUCUUACAGAGGCACAAACACAACAAGGCCUGCUGCCCACUGGAGGGGGUCCGGCCAUCACCUCAGCAGACCGAGUAUCGGAACAAAUGUGAGUUUCUUGUUGGCGUUGGGGUGGAUGGGGAAGACAACACAGUCGGCUGCCGGCUUGGCAAGUACAAGGGCGGGACGUGUGCUGUGGCAGCCCCCUUCGACACCGUGCAUAUCCCUGGGGCCACCAAGCAGGUGGUGAAGGCUUUCCAGGAGUUCAUCCGGUCCACUCCCUACUCGGCGUAUGACCCGGAGACAUACUCGGGUCACUGGAAGCAGCUGACCGUGCGCAUCAGCCGCCGUGGCCAAGCCAUGGCCAUUGCCUACUUCCAUCCGCAGAAUCUGAGCCCUGAGGAGCUGGAGGGGCUGAAGGCUUCUUUGGCACAGCACUUCAUGGAGGGGUCAGGCAAGACCAGCGGGGUGACUUGCCUCUACUUCGUGGAGGAGGGACAGCGAAAGACCCCCAGCCAAGAGGGCCUGCCUCUGGAGCACGUGGCCGGGGACGAGUGCAUCCGCGAGGACCUGCUGGGGCUGACCUUCCGGAUUUCCCCUCACGCCUUCUUCCAGGUGAACACCCCCGCGGCUGAGGUGCUCUACACGCUCAUCCAGGACUGGGCCCAGCUGGACGCAGGGAGCACGGUGCUGGACGUGUGCUGCGGCACCGGCACCAUCGGCCUGGCUCUGGCCCGGAAGGUAAAGAGAGUCGUGGGGAUCGAGCUGUGCCAGGAGGCUGUGGAGGACGCCCGGGUGAAUGCCCUGGACAACGAGUUGAGCAACGUUGAGUUCCAUUGUGGGAGGGCCGAGGACCUGGUGCCUGCACUGGUGAGCAGACUGGCAUCCCAGCAGCUCAUGGCCAUCCUGGACCCACCCCGCGCCGGUCUACAUUCCAAAGUGAUCCUGGCUGUCCGCAGAGCUGAGAACCUCAAGCGACUCCUAUAUGUCUCCUGCAACCCCCGGGCAGCCAUGGGCAACUUUGUGGAUCUCUGCAGGGCCCCGUCGAACCGGGUGAAGGGCAGUCCCUUCCGGCCAGUUAAGGCUGUGGCCGUGGACCUGUUCCCACAGACCCCACACUGUGAGAUGCUCAUCCUGUUUGAGAGAGUGGAGCACCCCAAUGGUGCAACGGGGCAGGGCCAGAAGCGCUCAUAAGAAUUGGCCCAAUUGGAACAGUUCUCCCAGCUCUUCGCGUGGCCGAAAGUCCCGGUGUCCCAGCAGAGAGCCUGCUGUCUGACAAGAGACACAGGCCUUGUGGCCAAGGGCCAACUGUACACAUGGUGUGGGGAGCACAGAAUGAGAUGCUGCCCUACUGCCCUUCCCCACCCUCAUUGCAGUCCCAUCCCCAAAGGGACAUACCUCCCAGUGACCACAAGAGCUAGGGGUGGGGUUGGGACACCACUCAGCUGCUCUGGCCUUCAGGGCAGCUCUAGCCAAUUAAGGACCACCUCAUGGCCAGAAGAAAGACAGACCAGCCAUCUCCUUUUGGACAUUUUGCUUUAUGCGUUCAGACAAUCAAGGCUCACCCCUAUAGCCAUGGCCCAGCUGCCACCUGGGAGGUACACGAAGGGUGGUGGCCACCCAGAAGUGGCCUCCGCAUAGGCUCCCCCUGCCCUCUGCCCCCUCAGUACGGCUGUGUUCACAGGAUACUUGCA